GUGAUAUGAGCAAUAGAUCGUAGAAAAACAAUUCCUAAUUCUUAAUUUUUUACCUUACAAUAAUAAAAUAUGCUCAAGUAAAAACUACUAUCGUCCCGGGAAGCUUCUUGGAGUGUGGAUUCCUUCUCCAAGUUCCCUGGUCAGAAAUGAAAAAAAGUGAUGGAGAAAAUCCACUGUGAUAUUCUGAGAAAGUAUAGAAGAGCAAUUAUUGACGAUGUCGAUGUUCAUAAUGGGAUAAUAAAACCCCUUACAACUGAGUACAUCCUCAAGGAUGAUGACGUCAGGAGAAUUCUUAAUGGUAAUACGAAGGAGGAAAGGGUUUCCAUAUUGCUGGAUUUACUUCCAAGAUGUGGGCCCUUUGCAUUCGAUGUCUUCAAUCAGGCACUUAAGCACCAUUAUGGAUGGUUAAGUGUUUAUAUGGAAAGACACUUGGAAAGGACUCGAAUGACGGCUAGUGAUACAGGAAUCCAUUUCAAUGAUCUUCCUCCAGUGCCACCUCUUCCUGUAACCAGAGAAGAAAAGGUAAAUCAGUUCAAGCUAGAGUUACAAAAACUACAACCAGGAAAACACCUUGCUCUCCACGGUUUAAAAGGAUUCGGAAAAUCAUGUUUAACCGUGAUUACCCUGAAGGAUGCAAAUCUAGUUGCCGAUUUUUUCCAGAAUGAAAUCUACUGGAUGAAGUUUUGCUACAACGCACACAAGUUAGAAAAAAGAGAAAUGUUAGACGAACGGAAGAUUGACGAGGAUAUUCUGAUUCAGCUCAACGUACUAUAUCAACGAAUAAAAAAGUCUGACACUCUCCCUACGCCCUUAAAAUCUGAACCGUUAAAGGAAUGCCUAAUACGAUUAAUAAAACUGCAUUUUUGUCAGAGACAACACGAAAAUGCUCUAUUAAUUUUAGACGAUGUUUGUCAUAAAAAAAUCGUUGAUACUUUUGACUUCGGGUGCAAGAUUCUCGUAAUUACUGACGACCUUUCCGUUGUAAAACAUAAACAUCCAAUAACAUUUAAGGUACAUGAUGGAUUUACAGAAGCCGAAUCCUUGGGCCUUUUUGCAAAAGUUUUGGAUGUAUCGGUUGAUAGGCUACCACCUGAGGCCAAAAAAAUCCACGAUGAAUGCAAAGGAAUGCCUUUGCUUAUUUCGAUGUUCUCUGCACAAUUUGAAGACUUUAAGGAACAGAUGAUCGAUGAUCGUGCAAGAUGGAAAUAUUAUUUAAAAACUCUGCGUAAAAGAGAACCAGAAAAUAGAGCAAUUCAAAAACGAACAGCAAUUUUCGAUAUGUGCAUCAACAAGCUCCAAUCUGAGCUGAAAGAUCUUUAUUACGAAUUAUCUAUCUUUAGUGAAGACGUUAACAUCAUGCCGAAGACUCUUGAGAUUUUAUGGGGAGUCGAGCCUUUUGACGUCGACGAAAAAAUGCUAGUUCUCUGCCACAAAUCACUUGCAGCGAGACAAUGGAAUGACGAAUUAAAAAGUUACGUCUACGGAGUUCACGAUCUUCUACUCAGUCAUCUACGAAUGAAACUAAAUCCACAAAUGUUGAAAGAAAGACAUCGAUCCUUUAUCCAAAAAUAUCGGGAUGCUUGCAAAGAUGAUUUUUCAAAACUGCCUGAUGAUAAUUACAGUUAUUCCUAUAUUGGUCAUCAUCUGGAGCAAGCACAAUUGUACGAGCUUUUUGAUAAAGUCUAUUUAAAUCUGGAAUUCGUCCAGGCGAAAAUUGUAAACGCAGGAUUGAGUGAUUUGCUGAUUGAUUUAGAAAAAUACGAGAAGUUUAUCACUAGGAAUUAUUCUGAGGAACUACAGAUUAAAUUGGACGAUCUGGAAAAAUUCCUGAAAGAUCACAUGAGUAUUUUGACGAAACAUGGCAUUCGAAAAUGCCUUGAUGUAGUUCAAGUGGCUUUGUAUCACGCCGAAGAAGGAUUUGUGAUGGAGCAAGCUCGAGAAUUAGCAAGCAAACGAUCUUCUAAUCUUUAUUUGUCUCGUUCGAAGCAUUUAGGAAAUGGUAGUGUUCAAUCAACUGAAAAUAUUUCUACCGAGUCGACUAUUGACACUUUCAUCGAAGACGUCUCUACAAUUUGCUUCACAGACGAUUCUAAUGCACUUCUGAUAGCAACUAAAAAUGGUGAGAUUGUCGAAAAAAACUUUAAAAUGAGAAAGACGAAUUACAUCUACGGAUUUCAGAAGAAGAAAAUCACGAAGCUGCUUUUAGCGAAUCAUGAAAACUAUUUCCUCGCGCUCAGCGAUGAAGGAAAAGCAAAGCUUUUUUCCCUUAAUGAUGAAGAAAGUUCAGAUGAUGGAAAAAGGGUUCAGAGUCCGCGAGAAAAGCAAACUUGCUGGACUGGAAUUUUCAGCAGCAAGUUUACCCAGGAUGAUAGUUUGCACACUUUUUUGAUUCAGGAUGAUGUCCUUUCAGACGUUGCGUUUUCUCCCAAGGAUAAAUACAUUGCAGGUUGUACGUCAAAGGGCAUUAUCAAAAUUUGGAAAAGAAGCGGAGAGGAAUUUCAAACGAUUUCAAUGAGCAAUAACUGUUGUUUAAAGAAACUCACCUUCACAUUAGAUGCACUUCAAAAUGUGCUUUUGCACGUUAUGGAUGAGAACAAUUGCGUUCUAAUAACAUAUAAAUUUUUUAAGAACGUUUUUGAAUACAAGUCCUCUUAUAAUCCGCAAAUUCGACAAAGAAAUCAGGAUAUGAAGAUCGUAUUCUUUAAAGGAUUGCCUCGAGAGAAUAAUUCAUUGAUUUUGGUUACCAAAAACAAGGCAGUGCACAUCAAGUGGCUUCAAUCACCGACACAUGAUCAUCAGCUUCACAGUUACAUGAAACAGGAAAAGGCUGAGAUUGAUGAUCCAAAUACGGUUUUUGUUAGUGCAACUGUGACUUAUGACGGGCAAUAUUUGAUUACUGCAAAAUCUGAUGGGUUCAUUAAUGUAUGGGAGAUCCACAGCAGUUUUGAACCUGUAGCUGUUUACAAAGGAAAGAUCUUUUGCUUAGAUACGUACUGGAUAGAGGACGAAGGAUAUCAUUUGUUCUGCGGAAACGAGAAUAGACUGAUUCAUAAGUGGGAACUGAAGGAAAUCGAAGUGCCGAAACCCUUAAGCAAACCGUUGUUCAACGCUUUGAUGAAACCAUUGGGAGAAGAAGACGUGGUCGUUAGACAAACAUCAAGAAACAAUAUUUCUGUAAUCAAAGGAAGUCAGGCAUCUUGGAAAAGUAUGGCUGAAACAGGUUUAAUUGAUGGAUCAGUAAACACCAUGCUCCUGACUCCGGAUGGUACUACAUUAAUAUACGAUGUUGUCAAGGAACAAAAACAAGAAAUUUUCCUUUUCAGUAUCAAAAUGGAAACCUCCAUCUGCAUCAUGACACUCAAGCAAACUUCUAACUUUAUCAAGAUCAUCAACAACUUCGAGACUGGUGUUGCAAUCAUCUUUCAAGAAAAUAACAAAAACAAUUUGAGGGUAUGGCAACAUUCUAGAGUGUGUUAUGUAGUCCAAGACACUGGAGAUGUUAUCUCAAUCCACGAAAUGGAGAAGAAUCGAGUUUUGACAGUUGCAAGAAAUUUUGUUAUCAAGUACUGGGAUGUCUGCGGUUUUGACUGGCAACUAAUCUACAUACAAAAUUACUGUUCAGCAAAUUCAACAGCAGUCAGCAGCAAUUUGAGUCCCGGGCAAUCCUACUUAGCAUUGCUGAAUGAAGACCGAAAAGACAUGGUGCUUUACAAUCUAACGAAAGAUAUACAAGUGGUACCAGCCCAAGUAUCGAUCAAUGUUUACCACGAGACCUGUUGUUUUGGCGAUAGGGUGUCAUGUUUCGAGUUUUCCGAAGACGAAAAAUACUUGGCGAUUGGCUUUGACAAUGGCGACAUCUCUAUUCUAGACGUAGCAGAGAAAAUUGAAGUUCGAAAGAUUUCCUUCCACUGCAAUCCGGUUACGGAAUUUCAUUGGGCUCCAGCUGAAUUCAAGUUUCCAAUUUUAUUAUCGGUAAAUACCGAUGAUAUGAUAUGGUGGAACGUAUCACCUGUUAUCGAUAAAGUUAACAAAAGAAAAAGUCGAAUGGGUCGAAGCAUAAGCAUGCAGGAUGUUCCCAGUCCUCGAUCGAGUUUUCGAUUUAAGAAUAGCCAAAGCAUCGAAAGCAAGUUAAGUAUAGCAACAAAUGGUACUAAUGGUAAUAUUGUGGCUAAUGGUGCAAAUGGUACUAAUGGCACUAAUGGUACUCAUGAUACCAACGGUAUUGCAAAUGGUCAAUCAACAAAUGGCAACGGAACCACAGUCGAAAAAGCUGAUUUAGUUGAAUAUUUUUGGCAAACUAAAAGAAUUAAGGAUCAAUCAGGCUUGUUGGUUUUGGUUCCCUUGCCAUCAAACAACGCAAAAGUUUGCGUUUCGAAGGAUUUUAAAAAGUUUCUAACAGUUGAUAAUAAGGGAUAUGUCAGUACUUUUGACCCUUUUGGGCUAUUGGAUAUUUUGUAGUAUGUCGUAUGCUCAUCUGCUCAGUAGCUAAUUUUAAGCUGAGACUGAGCAGCAAAAAAUAAUCUAUUGUGAUAAAAUAAUCCAGUGAUUGUUUGUAAAAGAGACAACUCAGAAGUCUUGAUGUAAGUCGAGCCGAGCGGAUAAGAGACGGACUUUAAACUAGUUUUCAAAAAAGUAGCUAAAAACUAAAAAAAUAAAGUUGCAGUCUGUCUCUCUUUAGAAUAAAUUUUUUUGGGCUUGAUUCUAUCAAGACUAAAUCACCUUGAAAUAUGCCAGGAAUAUACGAACAAAUCUGUUGUUUUUUUUUUAUGUGGAGAAGAGAUUAGGUUCUCUUAAUUUGUAUCCUACAUUAAGUUAAUUGUUUUACGUAAUUUUUUUACGUAAUUCUGAUUUGCAUUUAAAUGGAUGUUAAACGAAUACUUGCUCAAUUUUUUACAAUUAUCAUUAUUACUGAUAUCAACACUGUCACAAGCAUUUAACAGAAAUAGAUUUUUUAGCAUUUCAGAAACUAGAACGGAACCGUAUUUCUUUUUUUUUUUUUGCAUUUAUUUAUUUUGCAACAAAACAAACAUACACAUGUAUUAUAAGUUUUGUCAGAUCUCAAUCCAGCAACAGGGGACUGUUUUUAUACGAUUUUAUAAUUUUAAAGUUUUACAAUUUACACACUUUAUACUCAAAACUUUUUUUUAUCGGCACUAAAAAGGAGCAAAUAUUCUAUCUCGUUUUAUCGCUAUAAAUUGUAGAAAUUUAUAUAAGCGAUUUUGUAUUCGUAGAAUGUUUAGUUUUUAAUUAUAAGGUUGACUAUAAUAGUCAUACGACAUUUAAAAUUUUUUUCCAUAUUAUAAAGAAUUUUGAAAUCUCAGUUUAUUUAGCUUUCAUGAAAAGCCAAAUAUCCAAGCUUCUUUUCAAGAGGUAAAAAAGUACAUUUUUUGUACUUAAAAGUAUAUUUGCUAAUACUGCGAUCAAGAAGGUGCCUUAUGUAGUCAAGUAAAUUUGAGAUUAAUAGAUUCAAGAUAGUUAUUAAGAAACUGGAAAUCUUCAUACUUAAUAGUAUGUAUAAUUUUUAUCUAUAUAAAAUUGUUAUCUUAUUUUGGAGUAAAAUUAAUUUGAAAAUGGAAGUCGAAGAUUCUAAUUAGUAAAUUUCAAAUACGUUUUAAUUAAACACUAAUUUUCAAUUCUUAGAAUUUUAUUCAGCAGUAUCACAAAUUCAAGCGAUUCUUUCAUUUCUACUGUGAUAAUAUCAUCGAAAAAAUUCGAGCGAUUAUUAAGCUUUCUUCGACUUGUAAAUUUUUCCAUUCGAAAUCUGUUGUCCUUCCCGAGUCUGAGAUUUCUUGCCAUUAUAAUUAAGAGCCAUAAACUUUCCAGUCUUUUUUAAAAACAUCAAAUGGAAACAAACUUUUUUACCAGUGAUUGUACUUUUUACUGUAACCAUAGUUUUUUGGGUAAAGUUAAACAGAAUAAACAGGGUUCUCAGACAAAGGGAAGGUUUUAAAAAUAACUUAUGAACUUGAAGUUCAAUGGUGCAUUUUUUUAAGGGUCAGUGCAUUCUUUCAUUAUAUUACAUAAUUUAUAAAUUUAGAUAAGAGAAUCUAGUGAAUACGACAUCUUCCAGACUAACUAUUAGUCUGGAAGAUGUCGUAUUUAUUAGGUUCUCUUACCUAAAUUUUUAAAUUAUAAAUUUUUUCCAGACGUAAAAAAGAAAAUUUUAUUCUUUUUAUAUACUGUAUAUUAAAUAUAUAUUAUACGCCAUAAUUAUUUGUGUAUAGAAAUAUGUAGUAGAUUUUGUGCUAGGUACAUACUGUAUUUGUACCCAAAUGUGAUAUCUGACUCUGUUUCUACUUGUUCCAAAAUACUAAAUUUAUAAAUCAAAUUUUAAAAACCAUUUUAAAUUGUUGUUCUACAAAAAUCUAAUUUAUAAAUAAUGCUUGAGAAUCGUGGAAACCGAGAUGGAAACAUAGUCUUUGGAAAUACCAAUUAUUGUAAAUGGUGCAAUUUAAAGAGCAAUAGAGUUUUUCACAAGAAUGUUGAAAAUUGAUCUCUCAAUGCUUGUCAGUCUAAUUGUAAGGUAGUCAGAGUAAAAUUUUAUCGAUUUUAAAUAUUUUGGUUCAAUUAGAAGUUGCUAGUGUGGCCCAGAAUAUUCGGGAAAGUAUAGAAGGCACAUAUUGUGCAUGAUUAUUUUUUUAAAUAUAAAUAAUAAGUAUAUAUUUAUUGCUCUGAAUUUAUGUAUACUUAUAUAGUUUAUAUUAUGUUUUAUCUAUGUAAAGGAUACAGAGGAUAUGUGAUUGAAGUCCUUUCAUAAAAAAAAUUUGAUGAUUUUAUCUACUUAGUAAUUUUAGAUAUUUAAAUUAGUUAAAAUCUCAAUUAAUCGAAAUUCAUUUUAGUCAAGUCAUAUAUAAAAACAAACAUCACAAAUUUCGAUUAUAAUUUUGUAUACGUAGCUAAAUGUGAUUUCCUAUCUCUUUUUCUUUUUUUAUAAGACAUGAAUGAUUUAUCCUCUGCAUUCCAUGUUAAUCUUCAUCUUCCAAAAAAUAGCUUGGAUUUUUAUAGUUAUUGCUUAGUACUAAGUUGUGAG